AUGGAGGCAUCAGAUCAACUGAACUCGACUCGAGGGGAAGAUUCACCACUCGAAGUUAAAUCUUCCAACUGCUGCUCGACCGCAGCCGCAGUGAAUGAUGGGAACUCCUUGCAGCUGGACGACAGCACCAAGCUGGUGGGAGUCCAGGUGGUUCUCAUCCUGGCCUACAGCACCAUCAUCGUGUUCGGAGUCAUUGGAAACUCCUUGGUGAUUUACGUCGUCUACAAGUUCAAGAACCUACGGACGGUGACCAACUUCUUCAUCGUGAACUUGGCGGUGGCGGACCUGCUGGUCAACACGCUGUGCCUGCCCUUCACCCUCGUCAACACUCUGUACGGGGAGUGGAAGUUCGGCCACGUGCUGUGCUUCAUGCUGCCCUGCGCCCAAGAGAUGGCCGUGCACGUGUCCACCAUCACCCUGAACAUCAUCGCCCUGGACCGCCACAGGAGCAUCGUCUACCACACGGAGACCAAGAUGUCCAGAGACAUGUGCGCCUUGGUGAUUGUCAUGACCUGGACCGUCAGCGCCCUGUUGGCUAGUCCACUGGCCAUCUUCAGGGAGUACAGCACGAUUAAUCUGUGGCCCAACGAGUCUAUUCAGGUGUGCAUGGAGGAGUGGCCGGAAAGCAGCAUGAACGGAACCAUCUACAGUAUAUCAAUGCUCCUGGGUCAAUAUGGCCUCCCUCUGGCCAUUAACUCUGUGGCUUACAUCCGCAUCUGGAACAAACUGAAGAAUCACACUGCUUGCGGGGGCCGGAACGACCGCCACCAGCGCCGGAAGAAGACCACCAAGAUGCUGCUGACCAUGGUGGCGGUGUUCGCCAUCAGCUGGCUGCCCUUCCACGCGUUCCAGCUGGCGGCCGACAUCGACAGCAAUGUGCUGAGCAAUAAGGACUUCAAGCUGCUGUUCACCGUGUUCCACAUCGUGGCCAUGUGCUCCACGUUCGUCAACCCCAUCCUGUACGGGUGGAUGAACAACAAUUACCGGUCGGCCUUCGCGACCGUGUGCUACUGGCCCUUCACCUCGAGUGCUCCAAACGCAGAGACGCACGGAAGAAGGACUUCAGGGUUUGCAACCAUCAAACUAACGUGUGAAGAAAGUCCCACAGUCACUUCAAGGCUCACUGAUAUUCAUUGA